AUGGCUAGCGAGGUCGCGGAAUCUGCUUCCGCCUUGCUCACCCAGCUCGUCGAACGCCCUCUGUCGGACAUCGCCCGAGAACUGGGCACUCUCCGCGAAGAGAACGCGCACCUGCGGCGAUCAGUGCAGGAUCUGGAGGACCAAAUCCAUAAACGAGCACAGGUCGAGCUAGUCACUCUACGAGGAGCUGUCAAGGCACUCAUGCGGGACGGUGCUUCGCCCAUUCAGUCCUUGGAGCACCGAAAUGCGCUUUCGGAAGCACUCGUACUCGUCUGCACACUCUGGUCUGGACCCGCGACGGCCGCUCUAUACGAGGACAUCGCGCUCGUGCGCAUGGGCCAAAUAGCUGCUCUCGCUCGCACGCUCGCGAGCGAAAACAUCGCACGGCUAGUGCAACGCCUUACCCUCGAUUACUGCGUCGUCUGGCCGCGGUGCGCUACCGUCGUCCGUACGGACCUCGUGGCCAUUCUACGCCGGUGCUUUGCCUUGCGAUCGCUCACAUUCCGCCCGCACCCCAACUUCCCUAUCGCGGUCGACGCCAGCACCGGCAACCUCAGCUGGGAGGGCUUCAACCCGACUGCUCGACUUCGCCUUCACCCUGAGCCCGACCAGACGCUCGAGCUCCACGCGCUCCUCACCGCCGCCUACGCCCUCCGCGUCCUCAAGCUCGACCAAGUCCAGCCCGCCAAGGACCCAGACGACCUCCUCGCGCUGCCCCCGCUGACGCUCGCGCACCUCGAGGACCUCACGCUCCCCGUCGACUCACCCGGCUUCGUCGCCUACGUCGCCGCGCGCUGGGCCCUCCCCCGCCUGACGCACCUCACGACGCUGCACACCGCGACGGUGCCGGGCGCGCUCCUCGCCGCGCACGGCGCGCGCCUCCGCUACCUCCACCUCGUCCCCGCCAAGCGCGUGGGGCAGUUCGACCACUCCUGGACGCCGACGGCCGCGGCGGGGCUCGAGACGCUCGCCGCGCACGCCCCGCGGCUCGCGCACCUCGUCCUCGCGCCCGCGCGCUCGCCGGUGCCGCUGCUGACCGACGGCGCGGGCGUGCCGACGGAGGCGCUCAAGUGCCCCGCGACGCUGCGCACGCUCGACGUGUGGUGCCACGGGUGCGCGUGCACGGAGGAGGACGUGCGCGCGCAGGAGCGCCUCGCGCGCGUGUCCUGCGACGCGCCGGCGGGGGCGCGCGUGCGGCACCUGCGGAGGGUGCUCCGGGCGGACGUGCCGCGGGUGUGCGCGCCGGAGGUGCUGGAGGAGCUCGGGGCGGAGGCGAGGCUGGUCAGGUUUGCGGACGCGGUGUUCGUGCAGACGGAGAGGCUGGUCGUGCCGGAUAGCGGGCGGGAGAGGGGGGAUAUGCCGUGGUUCGUGAGAGGGGAGCGGGAGACUGGGAGCGACGAGGAGUCCGAAGGGUUCAAGGCCGAGCCGGAGGAAGACGAGGAUAAGGAUAAGGAAGAGGGGGAGGGGGAGGAGGACGGGGGAGAGGACGAAGAAGAGGAGGACGAGUCCGAGUUCGAGAACUACGAGCCGCAAGAGUUCGAGCCAGAGUCGGAACCGGAGACGGACUACGGCGUAUCAGAUGAGGAUCCCGAGGGUAUCAUCGAAGACUGGGAGCGGGAUGUGAACGCGAUGAGGGAAGAGAAUCUUGGGGAGCAGUUGAACCGCGACAUGGUCCUGGCGAUGUUCGAGGACCGGCUCGUGGACGACUCGGAUCUAGAGGACUCGGAUCUGGACGACACAGGAAGAAUUGAAACCCCACGGACAUAG